AUGGAUUUCGAUCAGUUCAUCGACCUCUGCGGUCGAAGCCUUGCCCCCGAAGAGUAUCGCGGGGACCUGGAUGCAUCAUGGGACAAACUGCAGCAGGUCAAGCCAGAAGUCUCCAUGGCUGAGCCUGUGCCUUACGCAGAGUACCUGCGGUGUGCGUCUGUUUAUUUCAUUCUGACCGGCAGGCUGCGAGAUGCGUAUGACUGCCUGGCUGCCCUACAUGGUCUUCUUGACAGCCUGCCGCCGGAAUGGGGUCUCCGCUAUGCAAACUACACUCUGCUGGUCGACCAUGUUCGGCGCUACCCACCUGCACUUCGAUUUUACCACGAGCGAGGAAGGCCACUCAGCAUACCCUUCCUCGGUGAGGUCAUUGGCGCUGACGAUAUCUCGGUCAAAUUCAUGAACAAUGUCCAAAAGUAUCUUCCUACGGGAGUACCUCGCGAUCAGGAACUCUGUCAGGUCCUGAAUGUCAUCCACUGGUUCCCCCUCCAAUACAGGAACCUGACUGCCCAAUUCCAUCCCCUGUUUCCUCGCGCUGUCCCUUCCCACACAGAUGGCGCAGACCCGAUGCCUUCGAUUCAGGAGAGCUCUAAAAACCUGCUCACUUAUCGCAUAAGAGCGGAGCAAAAAGGCUCGACAGGAAUUGCAACCUACCUUUCUCGGCUCGCUGCUGAGUUUCAUAUCGCAUGUCAAGGCUCAACCCGCACGGUUGUAUUGAGAGAGCUAUAUGAGAGGUAUGAAAAACAGGAUGACCGGGUGGGCAUGGGCAACUGCAAGAUGAUCGAAGGUGACGACUUAUCGAGCCCCUGCUUUGUCAGCCCUAUUUCAUUGAACUUGGUUGCUAUCGAUUCUUCUUCCUCAAUUGGAGAAGAAAUCCUGUGGGACCCUGUGGAAGCAGAUAUCGCGUUUGAAUAUCCAGCACAGGUCAAGGAAUGCUACGAGUCAGCUCAAAGACUUUUCCAAGACUGCGAUUGCAAGAGAGGCCAAGCUGCGGUUAUGCUUCGACAAGGGUGCUGCCUGCACAGCGUAGCGCGCCUAUUGCUCCCGGUCGGUGAGGAAAGAAGAAGUGUGUUGGAUGUUGCGAAGCAGAAACUCCAUUGUGCUCGAAAGCUUUUUGGCAGAGACGAGGUCAAUGCUCGCAUGGUCGAAGCCCACCUGAUACUGCUUGAAAUAACACAGGGGAUUACCAGGGAGAUUCCAAGAGUCGCGCGUAGCCUCGGUCAAUGGGCUGUCCAGAACAAAAAUGAGAUUCUAGCUCAUUUUGUCGGGCUAUUAAUGUUACGCUUCGGAAGUCAGGAAUGGCUUCGGUUUUCAAGGAUGGACACCGCCCUGUUGGCGUGGGAAUGUGCCUAUGAGGUCUUCAAGGCCCUGGGCGAUGUGAUUCCCAUGUUUCAAACGUUAGUCUUUCGCGCAUGGAUGCAACAUUCCAUGUUUAAUUCAGCAGCUACGAGAAUUUUCAUCGAAAAAGCGAUCUCGAUGGUGGACCUCGUCAGCAACAACUAUGAUUCCAUGAUUAGCAGUGUUUCUGAUACCUUGAAAGGCAAUGUGGAUCGCAAGAUACUCCUCGCAAGCAAAUUUAACACCUUUUGGACAUUCAAAAGAUACGUUACCAACAUCUACCAGCGCCUCGAGGAUUCGCAGGCAUUUGACGAAUGGCAAUCGAAACUCUCUCGAUUGAUCGAACAUGAUGGGAGCUUCCGGGAAUAUCGUGAAGACAUGAUAGAAAGAAUGUUGGACCAAAACCAACUUUCUCUCGCUCUAUCAUACCCGGAGUCGAAACGGAAAGAUUUCUGGAAGAAGGCCCUGGCAGACGAGGUGGCUCGUGUCAAGCAUGCUUCCGCUGAGGUUGCAUUCCACCGCUAUCUAGAGGAAGGCGACAUUUUUGGCGCUGAAAAUGCUGUUCAUCAAUUUGUCCAUGAAGCUGAAAGCCUUGAGCAGGUAUAUACUAGGGACCUCUACCGGAUUCUUGCUUGUAACCGCAUUGGGGACCUUGAAAAAGCUCGUUCGAUCCUUGAUAGCAUGAAUGAUGAUUUUCUCUUUGAAGGAAGUCUGGAAGGGUAUCUCCAGGGGAUUGGAAUCAAAUCCACCUUUCAAAACGUGGCGGAGAAUGCACUGACUUUCACCGUCCUCGUUGAGGACUGGACAAGAGCCUUUCGGAUCUUGGAUUUGGUCGUUAAGAUUUCCCCGACUUUUUUUGAGCGCAUAGAUAAGGAUGCAUACACCUUUGCAUUCCGACUGAGUCAUUAUGGCGCGAUCAUGCUAAGGAAAGGCCAUUCAGAAGAGGCUUUUCGCAGUUUGCUUGAAGCUCGGCAAAUGCUCGAGCUGCGCAGACAGAAUACGAACGAUGUGGAUGCCCGGAUCGGAGGCUCCACGCCAGGAUGGACUGGAGAGGUCAUUCUAGACCUCGCGCGUGCGUGCCUUAGCUGCAGGCAAGGCGAAGUUCCGGUGGCCAUAAUGAACCGUUAUGAUCAUGGUCAUCCAGCAGGCGUGUCAUGGGCCGAACAUGCUUUGUUGUUUGUGGAAUCAAACCGAGCACGCGCAGUGCUUGAUUCAUUACAGACACAGACUAUUGAAGGAAAGCAAGUGGAUGACAGGAGUGCCUCAAUUUCCGAGACAUUUUAUAAGAGGCGGGCUCUCCGGACGCUUCUUGGCCUCAAGCAGCUAAGUCCGGAACGGGAGAAAGAAGUUCUGCAACUUCGAAAUGACCUCAAUGAGCUGGAAUCAGGCGAACACUCAUCAGUUGCGAUCAGCCUCACUGAUGCAACAAACUCAGUGGUAGAUCCUAAACUCCUUUAUCGAAGCAUUGAGCAAGAUGCCGUGGUUAUAGAAGCGACCUUCGGAACCCGUGGCUGCAUCGCAUUCGCAGUGACGAGAAACGGGAUCGAAAAGGUUCACCAAGGAGCAUCUCGUACUGUCGACAUACGAAAGCCUGUCAUACGCCUGAUGCAGAUCAUGAGAGAAAUGACCGGGUACCUAGGAGAGCAAGAGGAAAGACGCAAACAGCUUCUUGGUGAGCUAUCAGGCGAGAUCUCUUCUGUGUUGCUGGUACCAUUCGAGGAAAUAAUCCGACCGAAGAAACAUGUGAUUUUUUCCGUAUCAGAGCCAUUGACCGCAUUUCCGUUUGCGGUCCUCGUCUUUGACGGCAAGCCGCUUGUUAUGCAUGCUGUCGUAUCCCAGAUCCCUAGCCUAACAGUCUUGCACCAUAUCUUUCAUCGACAGUCAGCGUCGCCAUCCCUAUCAACAUCGUCAGCGGCUACGACAGUAUCCGUUUUUGCCAAGUCACCCAUGGAGCAACCUGCCGAUGUCUCGAGAGAUGGUACAGAACUCAAUCUGCAUAUGGCAGGUAUUGAGGCAGUCAAUAUUGCCCGGAUAUUCUCCACCUGGCCGAUUGAAGCAUCCCACCUCUCCCGCCAGGCUUUCCGCGAAUAUAUCAAGGGCACAUCGUCCAUUCUGCAUGUCGGGACGCACGGCGACAUUGACUACCGAAACCCUCUCUUGUCGUCGAUCUCAAUUGGAGAAGACUUCCGUGUACUCGAUCUGUCUGCCAUCCAGAGCAAUGCCAACCUCCUUGUAUUUGCUGCAUGUUUGAGCGGGCUCGGCAAGGCAACCUUUGGCAGCAGCGACCUCCUGGGGUUUUCUCAUGUCGUACUGGGGACGGGGUGUCAAGCGUAUAUGGGGACACUCUGGAAGGUCAGUGACUUUGGGUCCAUGAUGAUGAUGAUUCUCUUCUAUCGGAACCUGAAGGAUAAGCCACACCUUUCAUUAGCAACUGCUUUGAGAGACGCGCAAGUGGAGCUCUGCCAGUUUGAUUACAGCAAAGCCAGUAGAUUCCUGGACCAAUUGCUGGAUGACUGGAGCAAGAAGACAGCGACAGUGGAUACAGAUGACCACCUUCCGGGGGAGUUCGUGCCCGACGCACCGUUUCUCCUUACAAUGUCGAAGAUGAUUUUGGCUCAGUUGGACUGGUCCAGUCCAUUCUACUGGGCCCCAUUCAUGCUCAUGGGACAUGGUGGCUUUUGUCUGACCAGAUGAGGUGCAGUGAUGAUGUCUUGGGGUUGUGUGUAGCAACCAUGCCAUGUUGGAAUCUGGAUCACUUUGUCCCGCCUGGUCCUGCAAAUUGACGGCCUUCAACACCGUCAUGGCGUGCAGGUCAUGUGCACUUCCUCGUUCCUGCCUUUUUGAGUCGCAUCAUAGAUAUCCCCCGGCAAGAGGAGAAACCGAGUCAUUGGUUGAGAAUUCAGGCUAAGUUAGCUGCCGCUUUGCCUCGUCCAACCAGAGCGGGCAAUUUGCCC